AUGAUUAGCAUUUUCCGAACGCAUGGUGUUCUCUCUCCAGCCUUCUGGCUCGCUAAAAAACACAAUAUUUUCAUUCAUUUCUUCCCAUUUUGUACACAUUUUUGUGUACCACCACAGCAGAAGACCUGGAGGCAAAAAUGAACUGGGGUUCCUUUUAUGCCGUGAUCAGCGGCGUAAACAGGCACUCGACAGGCAUUGGACGUAUCUGGCUCUCUGUCAUCUUCAUCUUUCGCAUCCUGGUGUUGGUGGUCGCCGCGGAGAGCGUCUGGGGAGAUGAGAAGUCUGGCUUCACCUGCAACACCCAGCAGCCCGGCUGCAACAGCGUCUGCUACGACCAGUUCUUCCCCAUCUCACACAUCCGCCUGUGGGCACUCCAGCUCAUCCUGGUCUCCACCCCUGCACUGUUGGUGGCCAUGCAUGUCGCUCACCGGCGACACAUGGAUAAGAAGAUCCUGAAAAGGGCCGGCCGCAGCAGCCCCAAGGAGUUGGAGCACAUCAAGAACCAGAAGUUCCAGAUCACAGGAGCGCUCUGGUGGACAUACAUGAUCAGCAUCAUCUUUCGGAUCGUCUUCGAGGUGGCUUUCCUCUACAUCUUUUACUUGAUCUAUCCCGACUUCAAGAUGGUGCGAUUGGUGAAAUGUGACUCAUACCCUUGCCCCAACACGGUGGACUGUUUUGUCUCCAGACCGACAGAAAAGACCAUCUUCACCGUGUUCAUGCUGGCCGUGUCUGGAGUGUGUGUGCUGCUGAACCUGGCUGAGGUGAUGUACCUCAUCGGCAGGGCCUGCAAGCGGUGCUGCCGCGGCUCGGAGGACGAGUCCAGGGGAGCGUGGAUUAGUCAAAAAUUGUCCUCCUAUAGACAGAAUGAAAUCAAUCAGCUGAUAGCAGAUCAUUCGCUCAAGUCGAAGUUCACUGUGACCAAAAAGAGCCCAACUGAGAAGGAUGAGAGAUGUUCUGCUUUCUGAGACUUCUUUGAUACUGAUCAUCCGUAAUCACACUUAUCCACGGAGUGUGUUCAUAAAUGACAUGUAUACUGUAUAUUUAAGACUUUAUUUAUGUUAUUCUUUUCACUUUUACUGACAAA